AUGAUCUCCAGCACAGCAAAGUUCCAAGCGGUGCUGGCAGCUGGUUUCAUCUUUGCGCGCGGUGGCGCGCGGGAAAAACCGUACGGCCUAGCGAGGGAAUCAAACCUCUUGUGGUCUCCCCCCGACCUUUCUGGGCUCAACCAGGCUCGUUCGGGCCUCAUUGGCUGGUUGGCUGUCGCAGUCAUGGCGCCGACAGGAAAGAGGGUUCUAGUUGCUGUUGACAAGUCUGAAGAGGGCUCGCACGCCUUCCGGUGGUCGCUCGGCAACCUCGCUGCAGAAUCCGAUGCGCUGCUCCUCCUGCACGUGCGACCGCCCGUCGCGGAGAUGUUUGACCGCGAGAGCAUCUACCUGGCGAGCGAGGAGGUGUACGCGCUGCAGCGCCAGCUGCAGGCGGAAUCGCAGCAGCUGCUGGACGACCUUGCACACACUGCCAGCAGGGAAGGGCCCGAGAACCUGCAGGUGGAGUGUUCAUCGGAGGAGGGCGACCCCAGGGAGGUGAUUCUGAGCGAGGCCAAGCGAGUAGCUGCCGACCUCAUUGUCGUUGGCAGCAGAGGCCUGGGCGCAGUGGGCAGGCUUUUUCUCGGAAGUGUGAGUGACUAUCUUGUACACCACGCAUCGUGUCCCAUCGUGGUCGUUCGAUUACCUCGUUAA